GUAUUUCUCAGACAUCUUCAAGACUAUCUCCCUGGUCAUUCAGUGUUGGAUCGGUGUGCUAUCAGGGAAAACCGAGAUCUCACCGCGGUUGUCGCUGACGAGCUCAAUACUCCAGUCCUGGAUGAAAUACAGGACUAUUUGCAUCUCAUCGCUCCUCGCCUACAUACCCGGAUCGAUUCCCUUCACAGAUAUCAGAUCAAGAAGAUGCGGAUAGUUAUUACCGAGGAUCCUGGCCUUCAUCUUAUCUGGUACUAUGACACCAUCUUCAUCAAACCUAUUGUGCCUCUUUUUCUCAGCUUCAUUAUGUGGACCGAUCGGUACUCAACAGCAACCUUGAGCUAUCAGUGCCAAUCAGCGCUUGGCUUUGUCCGCACGUAUGCGUUCCUGGUUCAGCAUCGUUCUGAUUUCGACAUUGCGCAAUCCCUGGGGCUCAUACCCCAAGAUAUCGACUACUCAAGCUUCCGCGCCUUCAUCAAGCCCUUUCGAUACCUCCCAGUCGGUGCUGUCUCACCACGAUAUGAGUUCGGACAAAUGCGCCUCACCCGGUUGAACUGGGCUGUGCGUCUGCUGCAACCGCGUUCAGUCGCUACGGGUGGUUGGGUUGCAAACAGACUGUACUAUCUGGAGUUGUAUACUCAGUCGGCCGACUAUUCACGUUCAUGGCUUCCUCCGCUGCUGUUUGCAUUCGCCGUUCUGUCGCUUAUGCUGUCGGCUAUGCAGGUCAUG